AAGAGCGUCGCAGGAAGACAAGAUGACACACCACUGCACCAAGUUCUCUGGCCACUGGAAGAUCAUCGUGUUCGACGAGGAAUGUUUCCAGGGCCGCCGUCACGAGUUCACGUCGGAGUGCGGGAACGUGAUGGAGUUCGGCUUCGAGACGGUGCGCUCGCUGCGCGUGGAGAGCGGCGCCUGGGUGGGCUACGAACACGCCUCCUUCCAGGGGCAACAGUUGGUUCUGGAGCGGGGCGAGUACCCCCAGUGCGACGCCUUCGGGGGCAGCAACGCGUACCACAUCGAGAGGUUGACCUCCUUCAGGCCCAUCGCCUGCGCGAACCACCGAGAGUGCCGCAUGACCAUCUUCGAGCGAGAGAACUUCCUGGCUCGGAAAGGCGAGCUGAGCGACGACUACCCGUCCCUGCAGGCCAUGGGCUGGUGCAACAACGAAGUGGGAUCCCUCAAAGUCCAGUCCGGAGCCUUCGUGUGCUACCAGUACCCCGGUUACCGUGGUUACCAGUACAUCAUGGAGUGCGACCGCCACUGUGGGGAGUACAAACACUUCAAGGAGUUCGGCUCGCACUGCCAGACGCCCCAAAUCCAGUCCAUCAGGCGCAUCCAGCAGUAGUCGCGCCAGCCCACAAAAUGUCUUUCCUCAGAACCUACGCAACACACCUCUCCUUUGCCCAAUUCACCAUCACAAUAAAAUGUCUUUCUUAAACACCACAACAUACCUCCCGGGUCGUCAUUCAUAAAUAUCUGAGUCUCUCGACAAAAUCUCACAACAUACCUCUCGUCCUUCACAUAUCAUCA